AAUGCAGGCAUAAACAGACAGCAGGAAAAUCGUAAGAUAUAGUUUUUCAAGCUUGCACGCGCAAGUUUUAUAGAGCCGUUAAUGACACGUUUCUUUCGCGACCGAUUAUUAUUUAAUUACGUUAUUUAGUUAGUUUCAAUAAUUUAAUUUUUAAUGGAUUGUAACAAUUUAAUUAUGGUCCACUGAGACAGGCAAUGACAUAUCGUUACACGCUUUUAAUAGAUCGAUUUUAUAUUUUUCUUCUUGAUAAGUUUUGAAAAUCUUGUCUGCGUGUAGCAUAAAUUUUGACUUUGUUAACGAUAAUUUAUACGUUUUAGAAAGCAAAAGUUGAGCGUAAAGUUCGCUUUGUACAAAAAAAAAAUGUCGACUAAAUUUUCAAUUCGAGUAUAGAUAAUAUUUUCCAUUUAGUAACACAAGUUGAUAGUUUUAUCUUCGUUUUAUCUUUGUCAUUUAUUAAAAAGCUAAAAUAAUGCUAUGUAUUAAAAUUAAAUAUUUAAAUACUUGAAUUCAAAUUGACCUCUGCUCUCGCACAUAUGAUUCUACCGUAUGAUACCAUUUUUCGCUGUUACGAAUAUUCGAAGUGAAUACGCUUUUACCUAGCGAUUUAGUCGCCAAGAGAAUCCUCGCGACGCAUCCUCCCCGCCGUGGGGGUGGCUGCUCAGGGGCACACCGCGACUCGCCGGGUGUGCGAUUCUUCGGCGGCGCAGGGCGGUUUUAGUCACUCCCACCUGUGCCAUCGUGACCACGUGGUAUACCCGUCGCGACACCCCGGUGCAACUCGACAGCAUCACCGCCGACGGCGAGUACCUCUCGCGUCGUCGGCGGAGGUGCCUCCUCCGCUUCCACCACCGCCGCUACCGUCGCCACCACCGUCACACAAUCGAGCCAGCACCACCGUCGUCAUCAUCUACUACCCGCGUACCUCAGUACCAACCGGACGACGCGUCUGUCGACGAGCGCGAGUUCGAGAGGAGAGUUCUCCUCUCCCCCGAUCAUCGACAUCGCACCCGAGGACUCCGUACAUAAAAUGUGACGACGACAAACACUCGGCGAAGACUGUAUAGACCGGCGCUUCUCUGGUCCUCCGGUUUUCCCUCGUCGGUCGGCUGUCCGCUCGGCGAGGUCACGUGCCGGCCAGAGUCUCGCGGGAGCUCGCGGCACGCGACCCGUCGGUGGACUGAACUCGCCGGUGGUACUGAACGCCCGGCACGAGCACCUCGUCGUCGGCGUCGAGGAGGCCCGACCCUCGAAGUACGAGGGCAUCGCCCGGCAAGAGGGAAGGCGACAGGUCCUCUGGCCUCUUCUCGAGGAUGUCGCCGCCUCCUCGUCGUCGGCGACGACGUGGAUGUACGCGCUUCUCGAUGAGGGUGAUCUACUGCCGGACACUAGCAACGACGGCGUCGUCGAAAAUGAGGACGUGGUGGUCGCCGCAGGCGAUGGCGCCUGCAUGAAUGAUCGCAUGCUGCACUAUCAUCAGCACCAACAUCAACAGCAUCCCCAUCAGCAACAGCAACAGCAGCAGCAUCGUUAUCAUCAUCAUCAUCAGCUGCAUCAGCAGCAUCCGUCGGCGGAGCCGGAACUGGACGAACUCCUGCGAUUUCGCGAUACUGGAACCACGACCGGGUCGGGACAGGGACAGGAGAUGGUGGCGCAGGAAAUGGCACAGAGCUACACGCAGCUCCUGCACUCGGCGGCGGCGACGGUGCCGGCCCAGGAGGCGCAGGAAUACAUCUCGCUGGAGGAGCUACGGCCGCGCAUCCAUCAUCAGGAGCAUCAUCGCCCCGUACACGACACUUGCGCACAAUUGGCCACGUCCGCCUCGCAGCUCUAUCAUCAGCAUCAGCAACAGCAGCAGCAAGGCGACGGCCAGCACCAACAGCAACACCAACCAGAUUACUUUAAUCUCUCGUCUGUGCAGGAAAAUUCGUGCCCCACGGUUUAUUUCGGCGAGAUAGGCACGGGUUCCGGGGUGGGAGAGCUAACCACCACCUCGGCGGGGGGUGGUGGCGAAGGUCUCACCCCGACUCCCGCCCCCGCCAGCAGCAGCAGCAGCAGCGGCGGCAGCACCGCCAGUACCACCACCACCACUCUCAGCAGCCCGAGCACGACCACUACAACUACCACCACCACCACCACCGGUACCAGCAGCAUCGCUACCAUCCCACAAGUUGCAACGGGGGCUGAACCGCCCCAGCACAUGGAGACACCCCCGACGAUGGUCCCCGACCAGCAGGCACCCGCCUCCGGCCAUCACUUUCACCACCAUCACCAUCAUCAUCAUCACCAUCAUCAUCGGCAUCAUCGUAGCACACCCACCACGCCUAGCCAUGGACCGGCGACCGACACCUCGGAUGAGUUCGCGCCGGUCUCCAGGAAGCGGAAGCUCUCUUGCCAUGUUGGAAACGAUCUCUUGGACGAUCUGGGAGACGACGCCAAAUCAGUUCGCACAAAUGACGACAGUAAGAAGCAGAACCACAGCGAAAUCGAGAAGCGCAGAAGGGACAAGAUGAACACGUACAUCACCGAGCUCUCGGCGAUGAUACCAAUGUGCCACGCGAUGUCGCGGAAGCUGGACAAGCUGACCGUCCUGCGAAUGGCGGUGCAGCAUCUGAAAACUAUCCUCGGCGCGGUUACCUCAUACACGGAAGGUCACUACAAGCCUGCGUUCCUCAGCGAUCAGGAACUCAAGACGCUCAUACUUCAACUUGUCUUGUUUCAGGCCGCAGAAGGUUUCGUCUUCGUGGUGGGCUGCGAUCGCGGAAGAAUUCUCUACGUGUCCGAGUCCGUCUCGCAGACUCUCAAUUAUUCUCAGGGUGACUUAUUGGGUCAAAGCUGGUUCGACAUUCUGCACCCCAAGGAUGUUGCGAAAGUAAAGGAGCAGCUCUCGUCCUCCGAUCUCAGUCCGAGGGAGCGACUGAUCGACGCGAAAACCAUGUUACCGGUGAAAACCGACGUGCCCCAGGGUGUGUCACGACUUUGCCCCGGUGCGCGGAGAUCCUUCUUCUGUCGGAUGAAGCGUAAAGUCGACGGAGUCCGUUGCGGCGAGAUGCAGGUGAAGGAGGAAGCUGAUACCGCCGCUGGUUGCCAGAGGCGAAAGAAGCAACAAAACGUAGACGCGUGUUUUUUAGAUUGGAAGUAUUGCGUGAUUCAGUGCACGGGUUACCUGAAGUCCUGGGCGCCUGCGAAGAUCGGUCUCGAGGAGCAGGAGGGCGAGGUCGACAGCGAGGCUUGUAAUUUAUCCUGCUUGGUAGCGGUCGGCCGGGUCCAAACGAUGAUAUCGACGACAACGUUGCUAUUGAGGAAGCCCCAUUUGAGGCCCAUACAGUUCGUCUCGCGGCACGCAAUGGACGGCAAAUUUCUGUUCGUGGACCAAAGAGCUACUCCAGUAUUGGGCUUUCUACCCCAGGAACUGCUUGGUACUAGUAUGUAUGAAUACUAUCACCACGACGACAUUCCUCACCUGGCGGAAUCUCAUAAAGCCGCGUUGCAAACUUCCGAGCGCGUUACCACGCAGGUCUACAGGUUCAGGAGCAAAAGCGCAAACUUCGUGCGAUUGCAGUCCGAAUGGAAGUCCUUCAGGAAUCCAUGGACCAAAGACAUCGAGUAUCUAAUCGCCAAGAAUUCCGCUAUUUUCUACGACACUCAUCCAGAUGGAAAUAACAGAUCUGAGGACUCGAGCGUGCAGGACAACUAUGAUUACUUCACGCAGAGUAACGGUGGGCUGGAAAGACUGAUCUCGAGCCAUGUGGAAGUAAGUAAAAUCGGCCGACAAAUCGCGGAGGAGGUACUGGAUUUACAAAGACGCGGAGAAGACUCCUCAGGCAGCAGCCCUGGCCCAGUGACGGAAACUAGUUUAAUGACUACUGAGCCACAAAUUACAACAACGAUGACGACGACGUCACCGGAAAGAAUACCUGACGUUUCCCAGCCGGGCGGCAUUGGCAGCGAUAACAGCAGCAGCAACCCCACGUCGACGUUCAACCACGUAGCGAAUAACGUGCAGCUCAACAGCAUCGCGAACGACCAAGGCGCGUCACGAGACGAUGACAUGAUGGACAUGAUUAGCGGCACCGCGAUUAACGAAUCACCAAAUCCGAUCCCGUCCGACGGCAACGACGAAGCAGCGAUGGCUGUCAUCAUGAGCCUGCUGGAAGCGGACGCGGGUCUGGGUGGUCCCGUGGACUUUUCUGGAUUGCCAUGGCCAUUGCCAUAAUAUGUACGCAUUUUAUAAGUAUACAAUUUUAGAAACAUCUUCUGGUCAAACGAGCGUUCCGAACAUUCGAACGAGACCUGGUGCUGAAAUGGUGCUUUUAAAGUAUAGGACUCUAUUAAGUUAAGCGAAUUGUAGCUUCUAAACGGAACUUCUAAAUCGCGAUCAAUUAACUAUCGUUACUUAUCAAUAUUCGGAUUUGUAAAUCUGUAUGCUUUCAUUCUUUAUCUAUUAUUUGUCAUUGAUUUCUCAAAAACGACAAUUGCUUUGCAAAAGAGGCGGCAAAAGAUUUUGCAUUCAACAGCAAAAGAUGAAUAAAUGUUGACGAACGCCCUCAAAGAUUUACAGUGGUGUGACAAUAGUGUGGAUAAUAACGUACGAAAAAACUAACGUUUUGGUGACAAAUUAACGUUAUACAUGUAAAUAUGCAGGCACGUGAUGCAUGUACGCGUGAUAUGCCAUUUAAGUGUACCUAAUUAAAUUGUAGGAAUAUCUGUAUGCGAGAACUUUCUAUAAAUAAAUCUUUUAAUUCGGUGAACGUACGAGAUAAGCAAAGUUUACUCGUUACGUACGCAAAUAUGGACUCCCGAACGUACCAUCUAGAAAUAAUACAUCGAUAACUAAAUUAUACGAUGCUGCAAUCUAGCAAUCCUAUAUGUUUUAUUUUGUCAUAACGUACGAUUCGAAUCUGUGCAAAAGUAUCGUAAUAUUUCUAAGAGACACGAAUGGAAUGUGGUAAGAUAAGGAUUUAUGUAAAUAACAUGACAUUACACUGCUGUAAUUUAUUGUCCGAUAUUUAAAAAAAGAUAUUCACAAAUAUUCACAAGACAUUAUGGAUAUUGAAAACGACGUUUGUUAUAAAUAAAUGAUAGUGAAUCUCUUGAUAAAUUCGAGGUGAUUGUGAAAAUUUCUAUCCUGUAAUAAUUUUAGAAUACAAAUAGAAAGGUUAUUAUAUUCUAAAGAAUUCGUUAUUAGAACACAUUUUGGUAAAAGUUCACAAAUUAAAAAACUCUCAUUCUCCAGAGAAAUAUAAUUCGAACAAAACAAAAGAAAUAAAACAAUUUUAAAGGCUUAAAUUUAAAUUCGCGAUAUUAGAAAAAUACAAUUUGACAGAUCGAAUUAAAUUUCGAGGUGCAAAUUUUGAAAUAUAACAUUUUCCGUAUGUUUCUACGUUAAUUGCUAUCAGUGUGUAUAAGCUCAGGCGAGAGUUUCUUUUUUCUUAUAUACAAAGUGAGAGAAACCAUGUAAUUAUUUACAUCUAUGCUAAUAAGAAAACUGUCAUAUAACAUAUCGUGUACUCCGAUUUAUCAAUGUCUAGAUAAAUCAUUCAGAUAUUAACGGUGUUGAUAUCUCUAAUAAGUACAAAAUCGUUGUUAGAUGUUUAAUAAAGAGAAUUUCUCAUGACUGCAAAUAUGGAAAUUUAUCAUAACUGUUUAUAAAUACUCAUAUUUGUUAGAAUUGCUGAUUAAGAAAAAUAACUGAGAAGUGAGAUUGAAAUAAGUUAUUGAGUGUAUGUAACUCAUAAUUGUCAAAUAAUAUACAAUAACGACGCAAUUUUUGAGGUUUAAAUACCUAAGAUCGAUUUACAGAGUAUACAACAAUUACAAGUAUACGUUGCAAUAGAUUGUGUUUACAAAUAAAAUGUUUUUAUGUUUCGUA